AUGGCAUCGACCGAACCAUCGAACCAGCGACCGGACCCCUUUCAAGGUAUGCACAUUGCGGACACGGACUUUCUGAUGAGUGUGGAGGGUCGAAGCUCCUGCACUGUCUGUGGGAAGUCGCGCAAGUUUUUCUGCUACACCUGCUAUGUCCCAGUCCCGGAAAUAGCAGCCCGUGUACCGCGCAUUUCCCUGCCAGUAAAAAUCGAUGUCAUAAAGCAUAGGAACGAAAUUGAUGGCAAAAGUACGGCGGUGCACGCUGCCAUCCUGGCGCCGGAUGAUGUUAAAAUCUACACGUACCCCGACAUCCCGGACUAUCGCGAGGAGAGCGGUGUGGUGUUGAUAUUUCCCACACCGACCGCGCUCACCGUGGCCAGCUUGUUUAGUGGCGAAACGUACCAGAUGAAAGAGAACUACGGUCUUCCCAAAGGAUACCAUAUGGGCACGCUGUUGCGCUUCCGGCUGAACGACAUCGUGGAUACACCGUUGCACCCCCGGGAGACGACUGAUGAGCGGAAUGGCGGUGCAGCGGAUUGCGACGGUGAGAGUUUCCCGGUAAAGCGAGCCGUAUUCAUCGACAGCACCUGGAGCCAGUGUCGGGGCAUUUACAAGGAUGAGCGGCUGUCGGGUUUGCGCACCGUUGUGAUACAGAACCGAAUUUCCCAAUUCUGGCGCCAUCAGCGCAACAGUCCACGAUGGUUUCUUGCCACGGUCGAAGCCAUCCAUCAGUUCGUGCUGGAGGUGCACAUUGCUGCCUGGGGUCUGGACAGUCGAUAUCGGGGCUUGGAGCACAUUCACCUGAACAUGGAGCAGAUUCCGAAGGAGCGUAUUAUGCAUCCCGGUGAGAUGAACCCGGACGAAGUACCGCCGUACAACGGGCAGUACGACAAUGUGUUGUUCUUCUUUCGGCAUAUGUACAAUUUGAUACAUAAAUAUUACGACCACGAAAAGCUUAAAGCGUACAAGCGGCCGCUGUAUUAGAAGCGUAAUUCAUUGCGAAAAAAAAGAAGCAGAAAAAACGCUACUCACACGUUCUAAGACAAAUAGAUGAAUACAAGUCCAA